UCGGCAACAAUAAACUCGUGAUCGGGUACUGCGGUUUAACAUAAUUUUUUUUUAAUUUUUGACGAAUUGUCGGAGGUGGUGGGGCUUCUGGGCUGGUGAUCGUCGGUACUUGUCCACCUGAUAAAACCGUAAUAAUCCACGAUGAGGGUUGUGGCACUUGUUAGUGGUGGUAAAGACUCGAUAUUCAACCUGAUGCAGUGUGUUGCUGCGGGUCAUGAUGUCGUGGCAUUGGCUAAUUUAUAUCCCAUUGGAAAAGAUGAGCUGGACUCAUAUAUGUAUCAAACUGUUGGCCAUCAGGGGGUUGAGUACAUGGGUAAGGCCAUGGGUCUGCCACUAUACAGAGAGCCGACCUUCGGCAAAUCAUGCAUGAGGGAAAAAUACUAUUCACCCACUCAGGACGACGAAGUGGAAGAUUUGUACAGGCUUCUAGCUAAAGUCAAGGAGAAGGAAAACAUCAAUGCUGUUGCAUCCGGUGCUAUUUUGAGUGACUAUCAGCGAAUUCGUGUUGAAAAUGUGUGCAGCAGAUUGGGAUUGAUAUCGCUGGCAUAUCUGUGGCGCAGGAAUCAGGACGAAUUGUUGAAGGAGAUGAUCGCGUGCUCACUCAAUGCUGUCAUUAUUAAAGUCGCGUGUCAAGGUCUUGAGCCCAAACAUCUGGGGAAGAGCAUUUCUGAGAUGCAGCACAAUCUCGGCAUUCUGAACGAUAGAUACGGGAUAAACGUAUGCGGAGAGGGCGGCGAGUACGAGACAUUUACCCUAGACUGCCCACUAUUUAUCAAAAGCAUCGUCAUUGACGAGUAUGAGAGCGUGGUACACUCUGACGAUAAAAUAGCACCAGUUGGAUAUCUCAAUUUUAAGAAAAUACAUUUGCAAGAUAAAGCUGGGGACUUGGAGAAUCUCACACUCCACGAGAGACUUAAAAGUAUACCGGUGAAGACACCGUAUGAUUAUAUUGCUGAGAUUGUUGGUCCUGAGAUGCAGGACGGAUGCAACUUGUCGGAUAAUGAGAAUGAUGAGACUGAUGGGGAUAGCAAGAGCCUCAAGUCAUCAAACUCUGGAUCUUUUAGUCCGCCUAGUCCAACAGAAUCGAAGUGCGAUGAUGAGGUUUAUCCAGAUAUUCCAAUGGCCAAUAGAAGUAAGACUGGAUGGCACUGGUUCGGUGGCAUCAUAGGAAAAGGCAGUGAUACAAAAGUAGCUGUGGAAGAGGCACUCGAUAAAUUAAGCAAUCUCGUUGAGCACGAGGGCCUUGACAUGACGAAUCUUGUCGGUGUGACGAUGUACGUCAAAGACUUGUCUCAGUUCACUACAAUUAAUGACGUUUACACAACGAGAUUACCACAUAUGAAUCCUCCAGUUAGGGUGUGUAUACAGUGUCCCAUUAAUGUACCUGUAAUUAUCGAUGCACUGGCCUACAAGGGAAUCCAUCAGAAUGAUGAUGAGAGGGUCUUGAAGAAGCACACGAUGCAUGUGCAGAGUAUCAGCCAUUGGUCACCUGCCAGCAUCGGACCUUAUUCACAAGCUGUUCGGAUCGGACACAUAAUAGCCGUAGCCGGACAAAUACCCAUGGUACCUGGUAAUUUAUCACUCCUUGAUAUGAAUAUCAAGAGACAGUGUCGCCUGACCCUCAGACACAUAAAUCGCAUUGUCAAUGCGAUGGACUCGUCGACACAGUUGAGAGAUAUUGUUCAGGGGAUUUGCUUCUUGACGCAUCACAGUUAUAUCGCAGAGGCCAGGAAGGAGUGGGAGAAACGAACCAAUAAUGCCAUUGUUGAUUACAUCGUUGUACCUCAGCUGCCCCGCAACGCCCACGUCGAGUGGUGGGUUUGGGCACAUAGGGAUAACAAUAGAUUUGAAUAUGAAGAAACUGGGAGGUGUGUGGGGAAUUUCAAAGUGGCAAUACGGAGAAGGUGGAAUUACGAGAAUGAUGUUUCGGCGAUAGUUUGUUACUUGUCGACGAGGUCGUCCAAUUCGACUGGAAACUUGGCAACCGAAACAUCGUUAAAUUCAUCUGAAUUAACGGAUGACGAGCUAACUGAGGCCUUCGAGUAUCUCCUCGCUAAAUUAACUAAAGACUCGAAGAGUGAAAAUCCAACCUGUAAUUUACGUAUUUUUUACAAAGCUGCUAAUUCACCGGGGCCCAGCAUGAUUCGAAGGGUUCUCGAUAAUUUUUCAAAUCGUAACUUGGUUCCAACAAUCGUACCAACAACACAUUUGCAUAAUUUCAGUACCUUCUUGUCCGUGUGUGGGGUCAGACACGAGUAAUAUCAUUACUCCCUUGAGAUUUUCUUAUUCGCGCAAAAGAAAUAAUAAACUGGUCAAUUAUUAAUUAUUUACACAAAGGAAUUUAAAUAGGAGACAAGAACAAAAACUCAUAUUUCAAUAUGUUUGUAUUUUUGUUUUGUUAAAAAUGCCAAUUGCUGGGACGAUUUAAUUAUCUUGGGGGCCUCGAAUAAACUUCACUCGAUCAGUCCAGGAGACUCGUCUCUCCCAAGGAAAUGGAAAAAAUUCCCCUUUCCUUUUCGACUAGUCAAGAAUAAAAUCACACGUGAAUCAGCAAAACAUCAUUUUGUUGGGACUUGGAAUCGUUAUUUUUUGCUCAACAUUUCACAAUACUUUCUUUAUUUUAUUUUUUUAUCCACGAGGACUUGAAUAAAAAAUACUGCAAGUUCAUUAUCUAAAAAUGGCAUCAUUUGGAAAUGUAUUUCAACCCGAGACAAUAUCAGGAUCAUUUCCCCAGAGAUGAUUAACUGAUCGUCGUGAUCAUGCCAUUGAACCUCACGAUUGAAUCGAAAGAUUUUUUUCAAGUUGAAAACAAAAACGAUAAUGAACUCUCGGAAAAGAAUGAACAGUGAAUAUUCGAGGGCAGUUCACAUUCGAUUCAAACUAAAACACACCAAUGCCAGGAUUAUAAGCAUGUUGUGAGAAAACAUUAUGUGAAAAUAAAACGAGAUAUAUUUUGAA